CGCUGAACUGCUGAUCUAGCAGUAGCCUGCAGUGCUGCAUUUAACCACUGCGCCACCUUGGCUCAAAUCCCUAGAGAAGGUCUGUCGGGGCCUUCUAGUUUACAAGCUCCAUGAGGUAAGAAUCAGAUAACAGGUUUUUUCAGUGGUGGCCCCCAUUUUUUGUACUACCUUACCCCCAGAAGUGAAAAUAAUUCCCCCUUUCCCUAUAUUUAAGGGACAUAUCAAAACUAUUUUAAUAUAGCAGUUAUUUGAACCCUGGUUUGGGUUGGUAUCUUUUAUUUUAUUUUAUUAUGGUUUUAGUUGUGUAUAGUACCAUAGCUAUGUUGUAUGCUAAACAGGGUUGAUUAAGGUGGCUUGGAAAUACACUAAAUAAAUAUUAGUUGCUGAAUGACAAUGGCUAUUUGUAUCAUCAGAACAAUGGCUUUCAUUUUUUCCUUUGGGAGGGAGAAAGAAACUCAGAUGACAUACUGCAGGCUUCAGUUAUAAGUAUUGUCCAAGUAUAUACGGCUGAGUAUAUAGGCCUAUGUAGAGUAUAUAGGAUUUCAUACAGGAUUUGAAAUCCAAAAUAUGAUUUCUUAAAAAUGUCUGCUUAUUUAUAAUCUUUGUUUCAAUGGUGUUUCUAUAUAAAAUGACCCUUGGCAUUGUCCCUAUUAUUUUUCACUGGGCAUCUGGCUUUCCCAGAUUAGGAUCUUUCUAUUUUUAUGCCUAUCAUAGGGAAAAAUAAAAAGGAAACGAUAAAGACCUUAUGUCUGACAGGUCCAGAACCAAAUCCUUUUCCUAGGAGCGCUAGGAUUAGUUUAGUAGAUGGAAGUAAAUAGGAGAUUAUGAAAUCAUUGAAAUGUCACCAAAAGGAAAAGUGGGGCUCAGUAAAAGUGGGAAGGUAUGAAGAGGAGAGAUUGUUCCUGAAAUUAAAAAAAAACAAAAAACAAAACAGAGCAGGAUGUUGUGCUGAAAAUGAAAUGUGCUAUACAAAGUUAUCCAGGUCACUUAGCAAACAAGAAGGAAAGAGUCCUUAAUGCGCACUGGCCUAUCUCGAUCAUAAAAAUCCCAUAUUGCGUGUGACUGCAUUUGCUUCCCACCCCCCCAAUCGGUGUUUUGUUUUUGCCUGAAAUGCAACUGGAAUGAAGUCUGAACCUAAUCAGUACAAGAUGGAUUUUCCUCCUUUUAUCUUUAUGGCUUCUCUUGUCUUCACUAUAAGCUUUGUGGGGUGAGAUCUUAUCUUGUUAAUAAAUUGUUGUAUAUAAUGAUUGUGCUUUAAAUAAUUGUAUAUUUACAAACGAGGACUGGUCACAUGUUUAUUUCUUUUUUUGAAGCUUAUACCGCCAUCCAUCUCUUAAAACAAGUGACCAUAUAUAGCGGAUGUGAACAUUACACUGAUUCAGAAGAGAGUAUAUUGAGAUCAGUUCAGUACUUUAUCAUUUAUAUCCUGUGCUCUUUAUUACGCAACACAAACCAAUAUAUUUAUUUAACACCUCCUUUAAUUCAGUGAAUUCAGAUUCAAAGUAGGUUGCUGGCAAAAAUAGCUAGUUGUUUUACCAAUUCUACUCUUUAAAGAAGAUUCCCAUGAACAUGAGAGGUUCAACUACAGUUGAUAACUAUGAUGAUGAUUAUUUUUAAAUUCAUGUAUUCUGUUCUUAGGUGGAGCUUCCAGUUAUCUGCCAUCCAGAAUGUUUAUCAGGCUAACAUCUGCUCACUCCAGCUGCGGGUAUUUCCAAACUGUUUAAUAGCUGUUCUUGCAUCAACUUUUCCUUUGAAAAGCUAAACAGUGGGUUUAUGAGGUGAGAUGAGUGGAUAUCUUGCUAGCAAAGAGACUUGCCAACAUACAAUCAGUAUUUAAGAUUUCAGCACUUGAGAUUCUUUAUAGGGAAUAGUAUGAGACCUGCUUCAUCCAAAUGCUCUACUCCUGGCAUUGAUGUAUGGAAACCUUACUUAUAUGGAUUUCAAUUACCAGAAUUCCUCAACUAGCAUGAUGCUAACCCAGAAUUUGAUGAUUUGCUGGUCACAUAAGAUAUUUUGGGCAAGUAAACUUUAAACAAAACAGUUGCAAUAUUUAGGACAUCUUGGAAUGUUAUGACCACCAUAGUCUGUCUUGCUUCUGUCCACAGUGCAAUUUCAUUUGGUUGUAGAACGGAUUUCAAUGAGAUCAACUCAAUACGGUUCUUCAAAAAAGAAGCUCAAGAUGAAAAAAUUUGUAGACAAAAGGAAUUUCUCCAUGGAUAAAGCUCACUUUAUAUACCUGGGAUCAACUGAGGAGGAUUUUUCUUCACUGUUCUCUUUUGGAGUUCAAGAUUACUGUUGACUUCAAUGGCCAGGGGCCCAUCUAUGAUCAGUGAAAGGAAGAGAGUGCAGAACAGUAGAUGCAUCUGAAACACAAAUCAGAAGAUCAUUUCAGAUUUUGGAAACAUUGCCAAUAAACUGCUAUUUUAUUAAUUCCCUUCCCCUCUGUCCCUGCUAGUGCUCUUACGUUUUAAACACAUAUUAAAAAACAAAGAAUAAACUUUUAUUCAGGCACUUUUAAAAUAUUUAGCUAUAGGUAAGUAUGGCUGGAGCUAGAAAAAUGUGGUCAGUUUGAGUAGUAAGAAAUGAGGGGAGGGAAAUGCCAGGCUUUUGAACAUCAAGCGAAAAUGAUUCAAUGCACAUUGCAUAAGCUAUUUUUGAAGACAAGAAUUCCCCAUUAAACAAGUCACCAAUUCAAUUUACUCUUAAGUAACUGUACAAAAAAUCAUAGAUUGAAUGACUACAGCGAACUGGUAACUUACUAUGAUUGACUGAUUGAACUGAAUUAUAUAGUAUGGAGGAGAGACAUUUAUAUUUGUUCAAUUUACCUCCCCCCCCUUUUCUGCAAUUCUUGGAGGAAAGGAGUAUUUCCAUUACAUGCCUUGUUGCCAAUUAGAGUGGAGAAGUUGCCUAUAAUGAGAUGAAGCCCAGGUGUACUAGAUGUGGCUGCUAGGGCCAACAUAACUUUAAAAAAUGACAUUUUGAUCUCUAGCAGAAAAAGAUGAGUGGAAGUUUGCCUUCCUGGGCAUAUGAAGAUCAGGCAUUUCAGACUCAUAUAUAAGAUGUAGCUCAAUUUUUACCCCAAGAAGAUGGUUUUUAGAGAAAUCACCGUGUCACUCUACUACAAAUAAUAAACUACAAAGACAAGGCUACUGAGCAAAAAUAGAGGCACUGAUUUUAAGCCGAAAAACAUCAGUAAAAUGUCACCAGGAUAUUUAUCUGCCCUUCUUCUAAAAGACAUCUAUCCACAAGUCACGUUAGAUGUGUCGUUUACUCUCUGCUCUCUUCCUGUUCCUAAUCAUCAGUGAGUCAGUGGCCAAUGAUGUGAAAAUUAGCUUUAAAGUCCUAAACAGAACGAUGGAGAAAAACAUUCCACAACUAAAACCAGGCAAUGCAAUUAGUAGGAGUGCAGCAAUGAAAGAGAAACAGCCUUCCAGUAGGAGCGUUGGUGUUUUCCAUGAAACAACCAUGAGAUGGGCUUGGUUUCCUGGCUAUCUCCCCAAUGGAGCUGUGUCUUACUGGAACAGCUACGCUAACAGAAACGAAUAUCCUUGCAAGGUUUCAGACUGUUCUGCUGGCUACUACAGUCCCAGCCGGGGUCCUUACUGCUAUUACCCAUACGGAAACAAAGAACUCUCCAAUUCCCAGUUCGACAUUUUGGUGAAUGAUCAUGACUUUGAAUCACUGAUCUGGCAGUACGGUUACCGGGGUAAUGUCCCAUCCAAUUCCAUCAACACUUGCUCAGGUGACAGAGUAUAUGUUGGUAGAAAUGAGUAUGGAUUAGGUAAAGUGGUCAGUAAACAUCAAGCCUUCUUCAUUGUUAUCAAUGGUAAGGAAGAGGAUUAUAAAGAAUAUAAUGUCCUGACCAUUGAAAAAAACUAUCAGUCUCAGAGCAUCUCCAAUGUCAAUUAUGACCUAAAUAAGGGAUCCUACACUGAGGCAGGCAUGCUAUUAGCUUCCAGCAAACUCAUCAACAAAGAUUGUAGGGCAGUGAAGAAGUCAACCACCUUAUCAGGAACGGUGAUUUCUGAACAUUCCUGGGAAGUUGACAUGUCCAUCUCUCAGACCGUCAGCUUUGAUAUGACAGCAAGUAUACUUGACAUCAUUAGAGGAUCAUGGGGCAUUUCAUCAGAGAAAACCUUCAGCUGGAAAAAGGGUUAUACAUAUAGUGAUCCGGUCACAUUUUCUGAAACAAUUGAGGUUGAAAUUCCACCCAACCACAGCUGUGAGUUGGUAAUGGAUGGCAAGAAAAUGAGGGGACAGGUUCCUUACACUGCUACAGCCACCCGUUAUUACAGAGAUGGAACUUGGAGGAGUGCCACCAUCCAAGGCGUCAGCUCCAAUGUAGUUGGGUUAAAAGGAGCCACACAGGUUGAGCGCUGUGUCCCGAUCCCAGAUGCUGUCCCUUGCACUGCCUAGAUUGGGCUUCCUAAAAUGCCUUUGUAGCUUUAUUAGUUUGCAGCAAGAAUUAAAAAAUAAUUAUUGUUUAGCCUUUAGAAGGAUUCAUUGAAAAUUGAUGUUU